AUGAAUGACCUUUUGGCUAGCAAAUCCUUCGUCUCACGCAAUGGCUCGCCGGACGACCAUGCCAUCGAAAUCAACCCCGGCGCGGCGGGAGCCACCCUAGACCAAUUCUUCGCCGACGUGGAGGCGACGAAAGAUGAAAUGAAGAAUCUAGAGAACAUUUUCCAGAGCCUCAAAAGCCUCAACGAAGAGAGCAAAACCCUUUACGACGCCACCGCCGUGAAGGACCUCCGUUCACGUAUGGACGCUGACGUGGCACUUGCCCUCAAGAAAGCCAAGUUCAUCAAGCUCAAGCUGGAGACUCUCGAAAGUUCCAACGCCUCCUCCCGCCGCGUCCCCACCUGUGGGCCUGGCUCCUCCUCCGACCGCACACGGAUGUCCGUCGUGCAUGGGCUGAAGAUGAAGCUGAAGAACUCCAUGGACGCCUUCAAUGGGCUCAGGAACCAGAUCUCGGCGGAGUAUCGGGACACAGUACAGCGCCGGUAUUUCACGAUUACCGGCGAGAAACCCGAUGAGAAGACCGUUGAGAUAUUGAUCUCCACGGGUGAGAGUGAGUCACUUGUACAAAAAGCCAUAGAAGAACAUGGAAGGGGAAGAAUAGUUGAGACAUUGAAGGAGAUAGAGGAGAGGCACGAUGCAGUGAAAGAGAUAGAGAGGAGGCUGAUGGAGUUGCAGCAAGUGUUCUUGGACAUGUUAGUGUUGGUGCAAUCUCAAGGGGAACAACUUAAUGACAUCGAAAGCUUUGUCACAAAAGCUAACUCCUUCGUGGAGAGCGGUACUCGGCAGGUGGAGGUGGCGGUGAAGACCCAGAAGAGUACCCGCAAAUGGACAUGCUAUGCCAUUAUCCUUAUUAUUCUCAUCAUCUUCCUCCUCCUCUUGCUCCUCAAACCAUGGCAACCUAAUAAGGGAGUUCAACUCACCCAUGCUGUUCCUAAAACUUUAUAG